AUGGAAUUCGUUAAAGACUUGAAAAGUAGCCAGGACUACAUGAACAAUGAACUUACCUACGGAGCCCACAACUAUGAUCCAAUUCCAGUUGUUCUGAAUAGAGGAAAAGGAGUUUUUGUAUAUGACAUCGAAGAUAGGAGGUAUUAUGAUUUCCUGUCAGCAUAUUCGUCUGUAAACCAGGGCCACUGUCACCCAGAUAUUCUGAAUGCAAUGAUAAAUCAAGCCAAAAAAAUAACCAUAUGCAGCCGAGCAUUUUUUAGCGAUUCUCUAGGUGUGUGCGAAAGAUAUUUGACAAAUUUGUUUGGGUAUGAUAAAGUUUUAAUGAUGAAUACUGGUGCAGAAGCGAGCGAAACUGCAUAUAAAUUAUGUAGGAAGUGGGGUUAUGAGGUUAAAAAGAUUCCAGAAGAUUCAGCAAAACUUAUUGUUUGCACAAAUGGUUUUUCAGGAAGAACAUUAGGUUGUGUAUCUGCAUCAACUGAUAAGAAAUGUAAAAAUAAUUUUGGUCCCUUUGUUCCAAAUUUUCUCAAAGUGCCGUAUGAUGAUUUGGAAGCAUUGGAAGCACAAUUACAAGAUCCAAAUGUAUGUGCAUUUAUUGUUGAGCCUAUCCAAGGAGAAGCUGGAGUUAUACUACCCUCAGAUGGCUAUUUCAAAGGCGUUGCUGAAUUGUGUAAAAAAUACAACGUCUUGUUUGUAGCCGAUGAAGUGCAAACAGGUUUGGGAAGAACAGGAAAAUUAUUAUGCACAUAUCAUUAUGGUGUAAAACCCGAUGUUAUUUUACUAGGUAAGGCUCUUUCUGGUGGACAUUAUCCCAUAUCUGCCAUUUUGGCAAAUAAUGAUGUUAUGUUGGUUAUAAAACCAGGUGAACAUGGUUCUACAUAUGGAGGAAAUCCUCUAGCUGCUGCAAUAUGUGUAGAAGCACUUAAGGUUUUAAUUAAUGAAAAAUUAUGUGAAAAUGCUGAGAAAUUAGGUGGCCCUUUCUUAGAAGCUUUAAAAGAGAAACUUAAAAAUAGCAAGAUUGUUCGUGAUAUUAGAGGACGAGGAUUGUUAUGUGCUAUUGAAUUCAAGACUGAUAUUGUCGAUGUUUGGGACGUAUGCUUAAAGCUUAAAGAAAAUGGAUUGAUUACAAGAUCUGUGCAUGAUAAAACUAUCCGUUUGUCUCCUCCACUUUGUAUCACCAAGGAGCAAUUGGAUGAGUGCGUGGAAAUCAUUGCCAAAACGAUUAAGCACUUUGAUGACAUGUUGUAG